AUGUUGCGUCACCUGGCUGCAAAUGUUGUAUCUGGUUCUAAUCAAUGUAGCUCUUCCAAAGUUCGUAUACUAACUGUUUUUAGUGCUGGUCUACUUUUGGGUGCUGCAUUGGUUGUUGUUAUUCCCGAAGGUGUUGCAGCUAUCUACCAUUCUCAUAGUUACCAUCAUGGAAUUCGUGAUGGAAAUGACCAAAACCACCAAAACAGUCCUGGUUCACGCAAGUUGACUGCUGCAGACUCAGUAGCACUGGCUAAUGCGAACCUUCCCUUACCAGUGAAUAACAUCGAUCAAAGUAAAAAUCAAAAUGAAGAAAUUGGAAAACACAAUUCACAUCACGAUUCUUUACCUCAUAUCAAUAGUGAGCAUGAAAAUAACAAUAAUAGUAAUAUUCAUCAAAGAGUUGGUAUAGCCUUACUAUUAGGUUAUUUAUUCAUGUUACUCAUUGAUCAAAUGAGUUACACGAUAUUGGAAUUAACCUGCUCCCAACGGAUAUUAUUUGGAUUGAGGAAAUUAUGUCGUUCUGUGAUGUACAUCCCGUUGAUUGAUAAAACUUCGCUUGUUACCGGUACUAAUACCUCUAGUAAUGUUGGGAAAAGUACUGCCAAUACUGCUGCUGCAACCGCUACCACUACCACCACUAGCAAUCUGACUAAUGAUACAAUUAACAAUCAUUCAACGAUUGGCUCAACUCAGUCUUCCAAUCACAAGGGAUUUGUUGUUACCUGUGGUUUGGUUAUACAUUCAUUAGCUGAUGGAUUGGCUGUCGGCUCAGCAUUUGCUUUGAAUCAGAUACAGUUGGAAAUUAUUUUAUUUUUGGCGAUUAUUUUACAUAAAAUACCAGCAGCUUUCGGUCUUUCCUGUUUUCUACUGCAUGAAGGGUUUCCACGUAAUCGAAUUCGAUUGCACAUGAUCGCAUUCUCACUGGCUUCACCGUUGGCUGCGUUUUUCACCUACUUCUACCUGUCAUUAUCAUCACAAUCUUCAGUUGAGAAUUUCUAUGAUCCUUUAGUCGUGUGA